UGCGAAAAGUAUCGAUAUGGUAUCGUAUCGUAUCGAAAUUCGUGUUCCUAGUUAUGAAUUCAAGACGAAUUAAAUUAAAUGAAUUCUUGAUAAAAACGUUACAAGACGAAUUAUUUUUUUGGUGUCUGUUGGGGAAUAUCACAGUAAAUAGUGACCGCAUGACCGGGGCUUAGCACCUACUUUACUCAUAUAAAUGUAAAAUUUUGUAAUUUUAAAACAAUAAAAUGAGACUACGACCAAGUUGCCGCUCUUGGCUUCCAUUAUCUACACAACAACUUCGACUGCGAAAUCUUAUCAGAAUAGAAGGUAUCAACAUUAAAUGUGAUGACGCUGGUGCAUUAAUUUAUUAUACGUUGCAUCAAAGAAAUGACGGGAAACCUCUUUAUGUCAGUGAAUAUUUGCCACACCGUCAACUACAAAAGUGGGCGGAGAUUAUGUGCCAGAACGUAUUUAAAUCAAAUGAAGCAAGUGUAUGUGUUAAGAUUUGGGCACGUAUAACAACCUUAGCCGCGACAAAAGGGGUCGAACAAUGUAACGAAACUUUACAAGAGGACCACGUAAGAAAAUCUUAUGAUCAGGAUAAGUUGCUUUUUGCUUGGGGAAUUUCUUUAUCGGGUCUACUGCCGUUGAGUCUAAAAACGAAUGCUAAACUCGUUGAAAACACAUUACUCUUCCACUUAAACGGAGAAUGUUUCACCUCCGCAGAGCAUUUGCUUUGGGAUAUUUCUCUGAUGUUUGAUGAAUUAAAGAACAAUCAAAAUUCUUUUGAACUGUGGCAAGAAAAUGGUCUACAUAAUGAAUAUAACUGUGUACUAGAAUCUCGAGGCAUAUCAAGCUACAGCUAUAAAUCAGACUGGAAAGAUAUUUGCAAUGAUGGGGUGACCUCACGCUACAUACGAUUGUAUUUUAAAAGAUCUGAUACACGCAAAAGUUAUAAUUUGCAUCAGCUUUUGAAACUUCAAAAAAUACAACGAAUACACUUGCAAAGAACAAGGGAAAGCAGAGAUUUUAUUUCGAAUAUACAACGGCGAAGCAUUAAUUGUAUAACAAAAAAUCAACUAUUUAUUUCGCAAAUUGCUUUAAGUAGACAUCAAGCAAAAUUUGCAAUGGGUCGUGCGUUAAGUGAAUUGUUUUCUGAACAGGCUCAAGCUAAUCCAUAUACACUUUUGCAUGCACAAGAAUUAAAGAAGCAAUUAGAAACAUUGAGACUGAAUCAUCGACUUCUACAAUCCGAGUGCGAUUCAUAUUCCUCACGCAUUGUUCAACAAAGAAAUCGGCUAACAUCAAUCAGCAGAAUCCGCCAACAGCGUCAUUCAUGGUUGCGGUCUAAAAAUGAAAAACUGCAACUUGAAAAAAAAUUAUUCAGUAAGGAAAAUCAGGAAAUAUUGUUUCUCAAGCAGAAAAGGGACGAAAUCAUAAGAGACAUGGAACGGAGGAAGUCUGCGCUAUGCGUAGGUCUACGUGAAAUUUACCCGAUCGAAAAGAAUGAAAGUGGUCUUAAUACUAUAAACAAAGUACCAUUUCCCAGUAUGGAUGCUUUAGUUAAAGAUGAUAGAAAUGCAUAUGCUUCAAACAUCGUGGCCAAUAUUUUACCCAUAACUCUGAGUGUCUCGCUUGGCUAUAUCGCUCAUUUGGUGCAGAUGAUUGCUCUCAUUAUAAACCGUCCUUUGAG